AUGUCGAACUUCGACGGGAAUCAGUGGUAUCAUGUGUACGUCGGUGGUAGCAAGGACAACAGUUUCGUAGGGACGUACCUCGUCUUUGGCGAUCCGCACCUCGAGGAUACAACGAAACACAACACAACCGUCGGUGCUGUGUUCAAAUCCACAAACCAGAUCGAGUCAAAGGCAGAGCCAACUCAAUUUUGGCAGAUCAUCCCCGUAGGUGAUGAGUAUUACGUUCUGAGGACACAAGCUGGAGGAGUCAACGGGUACCUAUCCACAUUUUAUGCAGAGGGCCGAACAAACUUGACGAGUCGGACGCUGGCGCGCAUGACGAGGGACAAUGUCUCGGAUGCCUCGGUGUACUGGAAAAUCAACUCGUGGCGGGACGGCACAUUCCAGCUGACGAACAAGAAGAACGGAACGGAUUGGCUCUUGGAAAUUGGUGGCGAGCACGAUGAUGAGGACGGCACAGAAGCGCGUAUGGGGUCAAACUUUACCGUGGAAUCCAGAAGGCAAUUUUCGUUUGAUGCUAUCGGAGAGGUCAACGGUACGGAUAUCGGAAAAAUAGACAACCAAGACUGGGCGUCAUCUUUAAUAAGUUUACCGGCCACCACAACACAAAGCUCGACAGCUUCCGCGACAGUAACUGUCUCGGCGUCUACCACGACCAGUACAUCGAACACUUCGAAUACGUCGAGUUCACCGACAACAAGCGCAUCAUCGGGCGGUUUAAGUACAGGUGCCAAAGCGGGUAUCGGAGCCGGCAUUGGUGCCGCGGCACUCAUCGCACUCGUCGUGUUGGGCCUCUUCCUCUUCCGAAGGCGAAAACGGCGCGCCGCAGCGCCCGCCGAGCUGCCGAACCCGUACACAACAGGAUACAGCGACGAAGGUGGACAAAGCGCCACGACAAAGUAUGGACACGCUGGAGUCAAUGAAAAAGCAGAACUGGACACAAACGGACAGCAGCGAGCCGAGCUGCCUAUGUUCCAACCGCCGCCCGCUGAACUUUCGGGCGGGGAUGUGCCGAGGCAAGAGCUUGCUGGAGGAGACGCGCAUACUGGUGGUCAACUUGAUGGAGUGAGAGUAUGA